UCUUAUCGCAACAAGGGUCCCGGGUGUACUUGUCCUUUGUAUUAUACAGUGCAUGCAUGCAUGGCAUCAAUCUGUGACUUCCAAGGUGUAUCAAGACAAUCUGGCCUCGUUUAUUAGAACCAGUAACCUAGCCAGGAACAACUGUUCAAACUCUCUUUUAACCUAAAACCCCCCACGUUUAACUCUAUCGGCGUUUGAAUUACACACCUAUUUUCCCUCCUGUAACAAGCUCUAUGUAAUCGAUAACCCCUCUACUUCCUCUACUAAUACAAGAGACUAUUAUUGUGUGAACAUCACCAGCCAUCAUGGCUACCUCUACCUUCAAUUCCAAGUCACCCACCAUCAGGCGCAUAUUAAAAGAAGCAGCCGAGCUCUCCACUUCCCCCUCCCCAGACUACACAGCAGCGCCCCUCGAAUCCGACCUCUUCGAAUGGCACUUCACGCUGCGGGGCCCGCCGAAAUCCGCCUUCGCCGAGGGCAUAUACCACGGGCGAAUUGUCCUGCCGCCGGCGUACCCGCACCGUCCGCCGUCGUUCCGGUUCACCACGCCGAGCGGCCGCUUCGAAGCCAACCGGGAGAUCUGCCUGAGCAUCUCGGGGCACCACGAGGAGUCGUGGCAGCCGGCGUGGGGGGUGCGCACGGCGCUGGUCGCGCUGCGGUCCUUCAUGGAGACGGACGCGCGCGGCCAGCUCGGCGGCCUCGAUACCAACGACGCUGUGCGCCGCAAGCUUGCCGUCGAGAGCCGCGGCUGGCGCUGUCCCGUGUGCGCUAGGACCAACGCCGAGAUCAUUGCCGAGUGCGGGCAGCGGUGCGCCGAGGUCGAGGUCGAUGGCGAGAGGAAGGAGGAAGUUGAGGUCCCUGCUGAGUUGAAGAUGGGCUUCCGCGACGAGAUGGAGAAGGCGAGGGCUGCGGCUAGUAGCGAGGGCGAGAAGGAGGAUGCGGAGCUGGCGGAGGGCUUUGUGCAGACUGUGCCGAGGAGGGAAAAUCCGUUGCCUGCUCCCAGACCCGCACAGGGCGUUCCGACGCCGACGAGAACGAUACCAUUGCCAGCAGCUGUGGGGCAGCCCGUAUCGCUGCAGACUCCAAGAAGGGUAGAUCCAAAUGUGGGAGUACCGCCGUGGGUCGAUUAUGCUAUCGUGUCGUUGGUGGUGAUAUUAAUUGCGAUGUUGACGAAAAUUAUUAUAGGACAUUAGUGGUGGUUGGAGGCGGGCAGGGGCAAACGGCGUUACAGGCGGGACAAAGGCGUAAUUGAAUUACAUAUGGUAGCGGGUAGUGAUACCAAGGACUGAAUGAGAGACUGAAUUUAUGGCUUCGGAUACUACCCGGAUCGAGCUACACGAAUUUAAGCUUAUAAAAACUUAUGGGAAGUUCGCAGUUGAAACUAUCUUUUCAAUGAGGACUGCAAAGUCGAGAGCGGAUGAGAUGAGAUGAGAUGAGAUGAAAUGAGGGUUGAAGAACUGGGUGGUUAGCUAUAAGUCGAUUAAUACUACGGUCGUAAGCUACUAA